GAAAGUCAUUUCAUACCUUGAGUUGGAGAUACCACCUUGCACACACCAAGUAGCUAGCAAAGGUUAGAGAGCAGACAGAAAUGCUCUUUAGCUUCCUCCCUCUGCUGUCCAAAUAGCCAAAGCAAAGAAGCAACUAAGGACAAUCAACACCAAGCAAAGGGAGAUAGUGAAGAGAAAAUCACCAGCAGACGAGUGGAGUGACAAGCUGACUGACCAUUGUUGUAUGAACAGACAAGAAGGCACUACUUGAGAAAGGAAAAGGCUCAAGCAUAAUUCUUCUCCUCCAGGGAACAUGCGUAAGGAUUGCGGGUCUUCAUAUUAAGCAAGCUAACACAUGAGUAUAAUCAAGAUCGAUCUGAAAUUGGACAGAGCAAGCUGGUCAUGAAGAUUGCUGCAAUUGGACAGUUCCUGUUUGUCCUUACGGCAUGCAAUGUAGUUCAAAUCUCAUGUGAUUCGUUAUAUGCAAAAGAAACAGACCGGCUUUCACUGCUUGAUUUCAAGAACGCAAUCAGUUUGGAUCCACAGCAAGCAUUACUGUCCUGGAAUGACAGCAUCCAAUUUUGCAGCUGGGAAGGUGUGUUUUGUAGGGCAAAGACUCCAAAUCGUGUCAUUUCUCUUAACCUUACAGACAGAGGUUUAGUUGGGAAAAUCUCUCCUUCCCUUGGAAACCUAACAUUUCUCAAACAUCUGAUCCUACCGGAAAAUGCUUUCACUGGACAGAUACCUGCAUCUCUUGGUCACUUGCACCAUCUCCAAACCCUCUCCUUGGCCAAUAACACCCUACAAGGAAUGAUACCUAAUCUUGCAAACUGCUCCAAUCUCACUGUACUAGAUCUUUCUAGAAAUAAUUUAGUCGGACAAUUUCCAGAAAAUUUACCUCAUCACCUUCAAAAUAUUACAGUGUCGCACAAUAAUCUCACGGGAGUCUUCCCUGUCUCUCUAGCCAACGUCACUACGCUGGUACUUCUUAACUGCAAGUUCAAUAAUGUCGAGGGAAACAUCCCAGAUGAGUUUGCAAAGCUGCCUAUGCUGAAAUUCUUGCUGAUGGGUAUCAACAAUUUGGAAGGUAGCUUUCCACAAGCCAUCCAUAAUGUCUCUACUCUAGUCUAUCUCAGCUUUGCUUUCAAUGAUCUUCGUGGAGAGGUGCCAUCAGACCUUGGUAAUUAUCUACUCAAACUCCAAGGUUUUGAAUUAGGCGGCAACUCCUUUCGUGGGAACAUCCCAUCCUCUUUAACAAACGCUUCUAACCUGUUCCUCAUCGAUAUAUCAUAUAAUUAUUUCACCGGAGGGGUGCCUACCUCAAUCGGCAAACUUACUAAACUAUCUUGGCUAAAUCUCGAGGGCAAUGAACUCCAUGGACGCAACAAUCAAGACUCGGAGUUUCUGAAUAGUGUAGCCAAUUGUACUGAGCUGCAAAUGUUCUCGGUAUCUAUGAAUCGUCUAGAAGGCCGUGUCCCAAAUUCAUUUGGAAACUACUCUCUUCACCUGCAAUUUUUGCACCUGGGACAAAAUUGGCUAUCAGGUGAUUUUCCUUCUGGCCUGGCAAACCAUCACAAUCUGAUUGUGGCAGAACUGAGUCGAAAUCUUUUUUCUGGUGUGCUUCCAAAUUGGCUGGGAUCUCUGAAGAGCUUGCAAAAACUAUCUGUGGGCGACAAUAAGUUCACAGGUUUCAUUCCAUCAUCCCUUUCCAAUUUAACAAACUUGGUGCAACUCUUUCUAUACUCAAAUAAUUUCAGUGGAGAGAUUCCUGGAAGUUUGGAAAACCUUGAGGCCCUUCAACGACUGGGCUUUGCAAAUAACAACCUUAAUGGUAUUAUUCCAGACGGGAUAUUUAGAAUUCCAACAAUAUUAUUGAUUGAUUUAUCUUUCAACAAUCUAGAGGGACCGCUUACCACUCACGUUGGCAACGCAGAACAACUUACGUAUCUGACACUUUCAUCAAAUAAUCUAUCUGGAGAUAUCCCUAACACCUUGGGGAACUGUGAAAGUUUGCAAAAACUGAAGUUCGAUCAGAAUACUUUCAGUGGAGGCAUUCCUACAUCAUUAAGCAAGUUACUUAGCUUGACUUUGCUUAAUCUGUCUUACAACAACUUAACAGGACAAAUACCAGACUCUCUCAGUAGUUUGAAGUAUCUUGGGCUACUUGAUUUGUCAUUCAACCAUCUUAACGGUGAGGUCCCAACAAAAGGAAUAUUCAAGAAUGCAACCGCUUUUCAAGUUGCUGGCAAUCAAGGCUUAUGUGGUGGGCUGAAAGAAUUACACCUACCUGCAUGCUCCACUGCACCUUCAAGUUCAAGUAAGCACAGGCAACCGUUAGCAAUCAAAAUAGUGAUACCAUUGGCCAUCUUGGUGCCAUCUUUUAUCGUUGUAUUGGUCAUCUUGCUGCUCUUGAGGGUAAAACAAAAUGGACAAUCUAUGUCUUUGCAAUCAUCUGAUACAAACUUUCCCCAAGUUUCUUAUAAUGAUCUUGCAAGAGCAACUGAUAGGUUCUCCAUGUCCAAUUUGAUUGGCAAAGGGAGAUUCAGCUGUGUGUAUCAAGGAAAGCUAUUUCAAGGCGAUGACAGAGUUGCUGUGAAGGUCUUCAGUCUAGAGACAGGGGGAGCACAGAGGAGCUUCGUUGCAGAAUGCAAUGCUUUGAGAAACAUCAGACACCGCAAUCUAGUUCCUAUCCUAACUGCAUGCUCUAGUAUCGAUUCUAAAGGCAACAAUUUCAAAGCUUUAGUGUAUAAGUUCAUGCCACGUGGGGACUUGAAUAAAUUACUACACUCGACCAAAGAUGGUGGAGACACUUCACAUCUGAACCACAUUACAUUGGCGCAGAGAAUAAGAAUUAUAGCGGAUGUAGCAGAUGCACUAGAGUAUCUACACUAUAACAACCAGGAAACAAUUGUUCACUGUGAUCUGAAGCCUAGCAACAUCCUUCUGGAUGACAAUAUGGUUGCUCAUGUUGGAGACUUUGGUCUUGCAAGAUUCAAAAUCGACUCGGCUACACCAUCUCGAGGCGAUGCAAACUCAACUUCCUCCCUUGCAAUAAAGGGAACUAUUGGAUAUGUUGCUCCAGAAUGUUCGGAGUGUGGUCAAGUUUCACCAACUUCAGAUGUGUUUAGCUUUGGAGUUGUUCUCUUGGAAAUAUUUAUUCGGAGAAGGCCAACGGACGACAUGUUUAAGGAUGGAUUGAGCAUUGCAAAAUAUACAGAGAUCAACUUCCCUGACAGGAUACUUGAGAUUGUUGAUCCCCAGCUGCAACAAGAGUUGGACCCCUACCAAGAAACGUCGACAGCAGUCGAGGAGAAAGGCCUACAGUGCCUACGUUCCGUGCUAAACAUUGGACUCUGUUGCACCAAGCUAACCCCGAGGGAACGCAUCACCAUGCAAGAGGUGGCUGCCAAGUUGCAAGGAAUAUAUAUGUGCAUCUUCUGGUUAAGUAGUAGGUAGUAUGGUACGCAGACACAAUUCAAUAAAGAAGUGGUCAGUGUCCUACUGAAACUAGCAACUUGACCAUGCCAACGCUAUAUUGUCAUAAUAUAUUUGACAAUAUAUUAUAAAAUAAUAAUAUUUAAGGUAUCAUUUUUAAAUAUAAAGUACUCAGUUAUGAAAUAUAAUUUAGCAUGAGUAACUUGUAAAGCAGUACAUGAGUGAUUAUUAGCGAGAGUAACAAAAAUAACUAUCCAAUCAUGAUAUUAAAAAAUAUAAUAACUAUAGUCUUAUUUACUACUAAACAAUAUAUGUUAUGAGAGAUCAAAAGUAGGU